UGCAGCAUAAUUUUAAAUAACAUUGUCGACAUAACUAUUGGAAAUAUUUAUGUCAAAAGUUUAAAAUCUAAAUUCAUGCUAGAAUAAGUAUGGAUCGAUAUUUAAAAUGCUAGAACUGGAGUUGGCGAACAACACAAAAUGCUUAGGCGUGCAGCGUGGCGUUAGGCUGAGGUUAUCCUAACGUGGAUAGGCUAAUUAUAAAGUUAAACAAUGUCUAAUCUAAACGCUAAAGACAAAAACACAGUCUAUUAUUAACCACCUUUUGUCUACCAUCAUUGUUUAAAGGCUAUAACCUAUGGCUUAAUGUCGAUCAACAUACACAACAUUCCCUCCCUCUCACCUUAGAUUUAUGGAUAUACAAAUCAUGAAUUUCAAGACCCUUCUUCUAUUUUCUUUUCUUUUUUUUUUCUUUUUUUUGUUGUUGUAUUUUUAGUACAAUAUAUAUAGUAGUAGUUGAAGCUAGUAAGGAUAUAUAGAGCUUGCUUUGCUUUCAUUUCUCAACUUUCUAUUUUGUCAUCACUCUCUAUACUAAAUAAAGAAGCCAUUUUUGAUUUUUGGGUUCUCUCCUCUCUCUCUCAUCACGUUGUGCAUCUGUAUGUAUGUAUUGCUAGAGAGCAUGGCAUUUAGGGGUUGUUUCAAUAUACGAAGCUACAAUGGGCAAAUCGAUGGUGUUCGAGUGGAAGAUUUUGAAAAGAGUUGUGAGGUAGGCCCAGCUCAGCAUGUGUUCUUCACAGAUACAUUGGGUGACCCCAUCUCUCGAAUCCGAAACAGUCCGAUGCACAACAUGCUGGUAGCUGAAUUGGACAAUGAGCUUGUGGGUGUCAUUCAAGGCUCUAUAAAGGUGGUCACUAUUCAUAGCCCUUCUAAAGAUGUAGCCAAGGUGGGUUACAUUUUAGGCCUUAGGGUCUCACCACCUCACCGUCAAAAAGGGAUUGGUUCGAGCCUGGUUCACCAUUUGGAAGAAUGGUUCAUAGCCAACCAAGUCGACUACGCUUACAUGGCCACCGAAAAAGACAACAAAGCCUGUGUCAAUCUUUUCAUCAAGAAGCUCGGUUUCAUCAAAUUCAGAACUCCAGCGAUUCUCGUGCACCCAGCGAUCAAUUUCUCUCAAAAUCUACCAUCAAACGUUGAGAUAGUGAAGCUCAAGACAGAACAAGCCGCGUUUCUCUACAAGAAAUUCAUGGGUUCAAUGGAGUUUUUCCCUCAUGACAUAGACAAAGUGCUUGGAAACAAGUUGAGCUUAGGGACAUGGGUGGCCUAUCCACGUGGCGAGGCCUCGCCAACAUGUGAGUUUGGCGUAGAAGGGCAGGUUCCGAAUAGUUGGGCAAUGCUGAGUGUUUGGAACAGUGGAGAGAUUUUCAAGCUCAAGAUAGGUAAAUCAACAUUGUCUUGCUUUGUAUAUGAAAUUUACUCUAGAUUGUUCCAUAGGCUGUUCCCAUGCUUGACAGUGCCUCAUGAACUGCCUGAUUUCUUCGACCCAUUCGGGUUUUAUUUCAUGUAUGGGGUGCACCGGGAGGGUCCGUUGUCGGGGAAGCUGGUCCGAACCCUGUGCAAAUUUGUGCACAACAUGGCUGCAGAGUCUGAGGACUGUAAGGUUGUAGUGACAGAAGUAGGGGGUGGAGACAAGAUGAAAUUUCAUAUCCCACAUUGGAAGUUUUUGUCAUGCCCUGAGGACUUGUGGUGCAUAAAGGCAUUGAAGAAUGAGGAGAAGAUUACCUUACAUGAAUUGACAAAAGCCCCACCAACAAGACCUCUUUUUGUAGACCCAAGAGAGGUAUGAAAACAAAAAUAGUACUCUUGACUUUUCCACCUUGAUUGAUCCGAAAACACCCGAUUCAAACUUGUGGGUCACCAUCUUCUGUUCGCAAAUUCUGUCCUUGUGUCUCAAAAUACUCGUUAUUAUUAAAUUAUAUGAUCGUAUUAAUUUUGUUAAA